AUGUCCCUGAGCCACAUGUCCAACGUGGGUGUGCGUAUAGACAUUGCUUUGGGACAAUACGAAGUAGAGGGAGGAGGAAAAUCAAGCCUCAUACAGGUUGAGAUAACACUAUUUACUGCCACCUGGACACUGUAUGUGUAUAUCCUCUUUCAUCCCUCGAAAACCACAGUAUUGUAA